AUGGAGGAGGAGAUGGGAUCAAUCCAAGAUAACAAGACAUGGAGCUUGGUUGAUCUCCCUGCAGGGCAAAAACCCAUAGGCCUCAAGUGGGUAUUCAAAGUGAAGAAAGACUCCAAUGGCAAUGUGGUAAAGCACAAAGCACGCUUGGUAGCAAAGGGCUAUGUGCAGCAACAAGGCGUUGAUUUUGAGGAAGUGUUUGCUCUAGUCGCAAGGAUGGAAUCGAUACGGUUGUUGAUUGCUUUGGCUGCUCAAGAAUCCUGGAAGCUGCAUCAUAUGGAUGUGAAAUCAGCGUUCUUGAAUGGUGACCUACAAGAAGAAGUAUAUGUACAACAACCCCCAGGUUUCGUCGAAGGGGGAGCGGAACAUAAGGUGUUGCGACUGCACAAGGCAUUGUACGGGCAAGCACCGAGGGCACGGAACACCAAGCUGGACGCUAAACUGGUGUCCCUCGGAUUUGAGAAGAGUCCAUUGGAGCAUGCUAUGUACAAACGAGGUGAUGGGAAGGAGCGGCUCCUAGUUGGAGUCUAUGUUGAUGAUCUGUUGAUCACGGGUGCAGAUGAGAGGGAGAUUGCAAGAUUUAAGAAGCAGAUGCUAGAUCUUUUCAAGAUGAGUGACCUUGGUUUGUUGAGCUACUACCUCGGGAUAGAAGUAUGUCAGCGAGGAGACUCAAUAACUUUGUGUCAAGAAGCUUAUGCAAGGAAAAUCCUUGAGAAGUGCGGCAUGGAAGAGUGCAAUGCUACCUCAGCACCGAUGGAAGCAAGGCAUAAAUUGAGCAAACACAGCGAACCAGAUCCUGUUGAUAGUACCGAAUAUAGAAGUAUUGUGGGAAGUCUGAGAUACUUGGUGAAUACAAGGCCAGAUUUGGCAUACUCAGUUGGGAUCGUUAGUCAAUUCAUGGGGAACCCCACAACAGAACACUUUGCAGCGGUGAAGAUGAUUUUGCGGUACAUCAAAGGAACCCUGAAUUAUGGGUGUGUUUACUCAAAGAAGAAAGAGGAGAAGACACAACUAGUCGGGUACAGUGACAGUGAUAUGGCCGGUGACGUUGAUGACCGUAAAAGUACUUCGGGCAUGGCGUUUUUCCUAGGUGGAAAUAUUGUGAGCUGGAUGUCACAGAAGCAGAAGGUUGUGGCUCUAUCCUCGUGUGAAGCUAAAUACAUUGCAGCAGCUACCGCAGCAUGCCAGGGAGUGUGGCUAGAGCGAUUGCUUGCUGAUCUACUAAACCGAGAACCAGAAAAGUUUGAGUUGAAGAUCGACAACAAGUCCACUAUAUCUCUGUACGACGACUACUAUGACACGGAUUAUGCGGAGGAGGACUUCAAGUUGGAUGCUGCCGCAGGAAGCGGCGAGGCUUACAGGCUCCCAGCAAGGAUAUUCAAGAUGCUUUACCCCCAUCAGCGUGAGGGGCUCGGCUGGCUUUGGUUCCUGCAUUGCAGAGGAACCGGAGGCAUCUUAGGAGACGACAUGGGGCUUGGAAAGACCAUGCAGGUCUCUGCCUUCCUAGCUGGGUUGUUUCAUUCAGGUUUAAUUAGGAGGGUGUUAGUUCUUGCCCCGAAGACACUUAUCAGUCAUUGGGUCAAGGAACUUUCGCUUGUCGGCCUCAAACACAAGAUCAGCGACUACUCUGGUUCUAACUUAAAUGUUCGUGACGAUGAGCUUCAACAUGCCUUUCAGGAGGGAGGCAUCCUAUUGACAACGUAUGAUAUUGUCCGGAUCAAUUACAAACUGAUAAGGGGAGAUUUCUACGAUGGUGCUGAUGACGAGGAGGAGGGAAAGUUGUGGGAUUAUGUUAUUCUUGACGAGGCACAUUUUAUCAAGAACCCCAAGACACAAAGAGCCCAAAGUUUAUUUGAAAUACCUUGUGUCCAUCGGAUUGCCAUCAGUGGAACACCUAUACAAAAUAACUUGAAGGAAAUGUGGGCUAUUUUCCAUUUUUGUUGCCCAGAACUCUUGGGUGAUAAGAAGGAGUUCAGAACAAGGUAUGAAUUGCCCAUCAUUCGAGGAAAUGACAAGGAUGCUACCAAUCGAGCGAAACACAUAGGCUCACAUGUAGCAAAGGAACUAAGAGAACGGAUUAAGCCAUAUUUCCUGCCUCGUAUGAAAGGUGAAGUGUCCCUUGAUAAUGGUCUGGCAGAUGAUCAAAAGUUCCCUAAGAAGAACGAGCUAAUUAUCUGGCUGAAGCUAACAGAUUGCCAGAGGCAACUGUAUAAAGCUUUUCUGAAUUGUUGUCAGUUAUUAUCAGGAACAUCAUACUUGAAUGCAAUCACAGUAUUGAAGAAAAUAUGUGAUCACCCACAGAUAUUGACUAAAAGGUCUGCUGAGGAUAUCUUGGAAGGAAUGGAAGAGAUGGGCGAAGUGUCCAGUAGCCAGGAUAUGGAGAUGGUCGAAAAAAUGGCACUGAACCUUGCUGAUAUGGCUCAAGAUGAUGAUGUGGUGCAAGUAGGUCAGGAAGUCUCAUGCAAGUUUUCUUUUAUCUUGUCCUUGUUGCGGAAUCUUCUUGAAGAGGGACACAAUGUGCUGAUUUUUUCUCAGACUCGUAAAAUGCUAAACUUGAAACAGGAAGCUAUAUUCUUAGAGGGCUACAAGUUUUUGCGCAUUGAUGGUGACACCAAGAUUUCUGAGAGGGAUAGGAUUGUGAAGGAUUUUCAAGAGGGUCCAGGAAAUCAAAUAUUUUUACUGACCACAAAAGUCAGUGGUCUUGGAUUUACACUCACCAAGGCAGCUCGUGUCGUAGUAGUUGAUCCUGCUUGGAAUCCAAGUACGGACAAUCAGAGUGUUGAUCAUGUUUAUCGAAUUGGACAGACCAAAGAUGUGAUUGUAUACCGCUUGAUGAGAUCUGGAACCGUUGAAGAGACGAUAUAUAAAAUUCAGGUCCUCAAGGGGGGUUUGUUUAGGACAGCCACGGAGCAGAAAGAACAGACACGUUACUUCAGCCAGAGUGAAAUUGAAGAGCUUCUUAGUCUGCCAGAACAAGGUUUCGAUGUUUCCAUUACGCAUAAACAAUUGCAAGAAGAGCAUGGACAGCAGCUUGUCUUGGAUGAAUCGUUGAGCAAGCACAUAGAGUUUCUGGAGCAACAAGGAAUAGCGGGUGUAAGCCAUCACAGCCUCCUAUAUUCAAAAACAGAGGUCUUGCCGACGUUGAAUGAGAAUGAUGCACUGGACAAACGGUUCACUCAUGGAACAUGCUUGGCAAGGAACACAAAUUCAGAGAUCCCUGAAGAAAUCAACCGGCUGUCAGAAACCCUUGCAAGCACGACAUUGGAUUCGAGGCUGCCUGAUGACAAGAUACAGAAUUUGGAUAAUGAAAAGUGGACAGCCGGACAGUGA